AUGGCUGAAGAAGAGCAUUUUGAUGCAUCUGCAUCAACAUCCGAACUAGUUGGAUAUUCAGGAGGAUCAUAUGAUACGUCUCUGUUAGUUAAGUACGAACAGCAUGUUGCAUACCGUAUAUGGUUCGGUCAGGAGAGAGGGUCGAAGAAAGAGUUAAAGGUGGCUGGACAUGGGUUGAAGUUGGCUCAGAGGGUUCCACUAUAG